AUGUGUUGUUUAGUUCAAAUUCAGUUUCAAGAUCAAAAUUCUUCAUCAACUAAAUCAACUUGUCAAUCUUACCCUGAAGUUGCUAGUGCUGGAGAAAAUUACCAUUUAGCCUUUAACCGAGGUAAUCAUCUGGGGUAUCAAAGUUACUGGGAUGCAACAUAUGCAGAUGAAUUGACAAAUUUUCGUGAGCAUGGGGAUCUUGGUGAAGUUUGGUUUGGGGCAGAUGUCAUGGAAAUGGUUGCUUCAUGGACAAAAGGACUAUGUGUUAACAUUUCACAAAGACAUUUACAAAUUCAACAUAAAAAUGAUGACUCUGAGUCUGUUAAUCAAGAGGAUAAAGAGUUAGCAGGAUGGAGGGUUCUUGAUGUUGGAACAGGCAAUGGGCUACUUUUUCAAGAGCUUGCUAAACAGGGCUCCUGA